AUGCCUGUCAUACGGGGACGUCAUCGGUUCGCCGUAACGAGUGGAGAGUCUCCCUCCUCUCUGCGCAAACUCGCUGCCAUCAUGUCGCUGCCUAUCUUGCGAGUCGCCCCUCCGAAAGCUACUAUGCCCACUCGUGGUCUCGACGGUCCUGGGAUCAAACCCGCUGCGGCGCAAUCCGUCCCUGAACUUGGGUCGCAAGAUACGAACAUCGACGUCCACGCUUCCCAAGGCUCGCCCACGACGGGGACUGAAUCGCAAACCUCGCCUGAAGCGGAGGCGCACCUGGAUGCGUAUCUCGCUCCAGGGAAAUCCCAGAGAGCAGGACAGUACGCUACGCCGCACUUCCGGAUUGCACACAUAUUUACACAGUGCAUUUGA